AUGGUACCAAGCACGGGUACCAAGCCCAACAUCUGGGCACUAAUAUACAUAGUUGAAUACACCCAAAGACUCUUGUCCUCGCCCAAACCAUCCCCACUCCAGGUUACGAACCGACUGGAAUACAAUGGUACACACUUACCCAAAUUAACACAGACAGACUCCAAAAGGGGCCCACUAGAAGCGAACCUACAAACCCUACCAAUUAAGGACCCCACCUAUAAGGGGUAUGCAAUAAACAAAAUCUAUCCCCGGGAUAUGACCAUGCAUAUGGGUACACUCAACACCUCACAAUCCCGCACACUCGCACCGAGGUGCCACUAUCCUCCGUACCAGAGCACCAGACUACACUCCCGAAGGCCAACACCAUGUACACAAUGGAAAAAACCCUUAAUGAAAAUAUACUCACAUAAGGUCAGGGGACUCAACUCCCCCCCAAAAAGGCCAACUACUGAUGACAGAACUGAAGAAACAGAGUACAGAUGUGAUUUGCCUCCAAGAGACCCACUUUCAACGCUCCAAAACACCAACUAUGGGCUUCAAACAAUAUCCACAUCAAUACCACACCACAAAUAG